AUUUUCCCGGAAAAUCAGAACGAACAGAAAAAAGAAAAAUAAUUUCUUCCUCCCCAGAUGGGAAAGCUAAGAUUGCUCGAUCUCGAGAACCAUUUUGCGUUUUAUGGAGCAUAUCACAGCAACCCAAUUAACAUUUUGAUACACACUUUAUUUGUAUGGCCGAUAUUCUUCACAUCGCUUAUACUUUUCUACUUCACUCCAGCGUUCUGUGAUCUCUCUCAAGCUGGGAUCCUCCCUUCUGGGUUUAAUCAUGCUUUGGUUUUAAACUAUGGGUCUGCUUUUUCUCUCUUCCUUGGCUUGUUUUAUGUGGUUUUGGAUAAGAAAGCUGGGUCUUUGGCCGCUUUGCUUUGCUUGGCUUGCUGGCUUGGGGCUAGUUUUAUUGCUGCAAAGCUUGGAUAUUCUCUUGCUUGGAAGGUUGUGCUGGUUGCUCAAGUGCUUUGCUGGGCUGGACAGUUUCUUGGCCAUGGAGUGUUUGAGAAACGAGCACCCGCGCUGUUGGACAAUCUUGUUCAAGCACUUCUGAUGGCUCCUUUCUUUGUUUUGCUCGAGCCUUUUCUUCACUUGCUGCAGGUUCUCCAAUCUUUAUUCGGGUACGAACCGUAUCCCGGAUUUCAGGGCCGUGUGAACUCGAAGAUCAAAGCCGAAAUCAAGGAGUGGCAAGACAAGAAACAGAAGAAGGUUUCUUAGGUUUAAUGCCAAUAAAAUUAGAUUAAAAUUGUUGUAAGUUGCUGUCUGGUAUGAAGCACAUUUAGGUUAAACUAUUGUAUGUUGUUGUGGUAUCAAUAUCGUAAGGCAACAUUAACAAACGUGAAAACAAUUACAAUGCAAUGGUAUGGUAUGGUAUGGUAUGUUACUGUGAAUUCAACAUUA